UUUGACCACGCCAGUGGCCAAUAGCGCAACAGUGCGCUGCGGAUUGACAGACGAGAAACGGUAAUAGAGUUUUAAUCCGACAUAAGAACAAAAAACUGCAUGUUGUUUGUCCUGAAAUCUCUUCACAUCUGUCAACAAAAUAUUAACGGAAAUCUGUUUGGAUUAUACAUUGAACUCCAAGUCAAUGUUGGUAAAGGUUACAUGGAUUAUAAUGUGUCGGUGAAUUCAUUUUUUAAGGGGAUAAACGGUUCUCUGUGCCUUUUGAUUAUAUCUGUUGCCAACAGUUGUUGCGCUCUCGACGGGAUCCACGAUCAUUUCCAUGGCGGAGAGAUCGACCAUGUCCGAGCAGGACAAGCAUUUGACGGAGAAAGAGAUUUGUUCGGAUUCGGAAACUGCUGACUGCGUGGAAGAAGCGUUUGUCUUCGGAGAGGAUCUGGAGCUGAACCGAUUUGAUGGAUUGCCUUUCUCCUCUCGUUAUUAUAAACUACUGGAAGAGAGAAAGUCUCUACCUGUUUGGAAAGCUAGAGAGGAAUUUUUGGAUAUCCUGGUGAACAAUCGACUUGUUAUAGUAUCUGGUACAACUAAAACUGGGAAAAGUACACAGAUCCCCCAGUGGUGUGCAGAGUUCUGCCUGUCGGCCCGGUACCAGCACGGCGUGGCUGUGUCUACCCAGAUCCACUCACAGCAGGCGGUGGGCCUGGCCCUCAGGGUGGCCGAUGAGAUGGACGUCAACAUUGGACAUGAAGUGGGCUACACCAUCCCCCUGGAGACCUGCUGUUCUACUGACACUGUGCUCAGGUUCUGUACAGAUGCCCUGCUACUGAGGGAGAUGAUGUCUGACCCCAUGUUGGAGCACUAUGGGGCCAUCAUCAUCGACCAGGCUCAUGAGAGAACCGUCAGCACAGACAUACUGUUGGGACUGCUCCAGGACAUCCUGGUCCAUAGACCAGACCUGAGGGUGGUGAUCCUGACUGUGUCCUCCAUGACAGACAGGCUCCUGGCCCACUACGGUAAUAACGUCCCUGUGGUCAGUCUGGAAGCCCUCUGUCCAGCUGAGGUGGUCUACAGUAACUGUAGUAGUAAAGACUACUUCUACUCUGCUCUGAGACUGGUACUGGAGAUCCACCGCACCAAGGAGGAGGGAGAUGUGGUGCUGUUCUUGGCCUCGGCUCAGGAGGUUGUCUGUGCCCGUGCUAUCCUCCAGAGAGAGGGAACCAGACUGGGGGCAGACCUUGGGGUGCUGGUGCCCGUGGUCUUGUGCCCUGGGCAGGGUCGGACACCCUCUCUCCUGGGGGAGGGGAUGGGGAGUAGGGGAUCCGUUACGACCAGGUGCCGGUUGGUUUUCCUCUCCACAAGCCAGGGAGAGGACAUGUUCUGGGCUGUGGACUCUGUUAACUUUGUCAUCGACGUAGGACUGGAGAAAAGAUAUGUGUAUCAUCCCAGGAUAAGGGCCAACUCUGAAGUACUACGAUCCAUCAGCAGAUACCAGGCUGAUAUCAGGAAGCAGCUGACUGGACCGACAGGGAAGUGUUUCUGCCUGUACCCUGAGGAGAGAGUACUCCCCGUAGAGACAUCCCCUCAGAUCCUGGACACCAACCUCACCUUCACCAUCCUCUUCCUCAAGAGGAUGGAGAUCGCAGGGCUGAGACACUGUGACUUCAUCACCAGACCAGAUCCAGAGGGUCUGAUGCAGUCGCUAGAGGAGCUGGAUUACCUCGCGGCAUUGGACGACGAUGGGAACCUAUCAGAGAUCGGGAUCAUAAUCUCUGAGUUGCCAUUGGAUGCUCAGAUGGCCAAGGCUCUGCUGGCGUCCUGUGAGUUUGAUUGUGUGAACGAGAUGGUGACCAUCGCAGCUAUGCUAUCAGCGCCAAGCUGCUUCUUGGAGCCACCUGUUGGCAGGACCCAAGAGGUACAACAGUGUCACAGAAAGUUCCGGCACCCUGAGGGAGACCACUUCACCCUCAUCAACAUCUACAACGCCUUCAAGUACAGCCAGAGAGAGACAUACUUCAGCGUAGAGAAGUGGUGUCAGGACUACCAUCUGAACCACCGCGCCCUUCAGACGGCAGACGCCAUCAGGUCAGAGUUGACGGACAUCCUGAAGAGAAUAGAGCUGCCCAUCUCUGAGACGUCCUUCGGAACCAAGACCAACACACUCAACAUCAAGAGAGCUCUGCUGGCAGGGUUCUUCAUGCAGAUUGCCCGUGAUGUGGAUGGUUCAGGAAACUACUUCAUGUUGACCAACAGACACAUGGCUCAGGUCCACCCUGCCUCCAGCUACGGGGCCAAGGCACAUCAAUUGGGUUUUCCAGAGUGGGUGCUGUUCCAUGAGUAUACUCUCUCGGGAAACCACGGUAUCCGGACAGUCUCUGAAAUCUCCCCUGCAGUGUUCAUCCAGACGGCUCCUCAGUAUUUCUAUUCCAACCUGCCUCCUAGUGAGAGUAAAGACCUACUACAGCACAUUCUGGAGCGGGACGGAUCUGGACGUAAAGACAAGCAACAGACCCUGACCAUCAACAGUAAAGCGGAUAAGGACUGCAGUACAGUGGCUCAGUCUUAUGACCGAUGUGUGCUACAGUGACCUCUGGUGGAGAGCUUCAGCACUGCACCGACUUUUACUGAAAAGACAAUCAUCGUUGAUGAGAACAGCGGUCCUCGGGGGACACCCAGACUUUUCACAAUGUUGUUGUAGCCCUGAACUAUGUCACCUGAUUGACUCAGUGAUUAGAUGAAUCAGGUGUGAGCUGUGGCAUAGUUCACAUAUGGAACAGCUGGGUGGGGGUCCCCCCGAGGAGGGUGGGGGUCCCCCCGAGGAGUAUUUUUUAAAACCCCUGGGUUAGAUCAACUUCCAAAUGACUGACUUGCCGUACACUAUUGUUCAUAUCUUUAGUUCAGUCAGGUGGUAACUGCCUUGGUAAUUUGAUAUUACAGUAAAUAAUUAGCCUAUAUUCUAAUAAGAGUAUCACCCCAAUAAAUGAAUCCAGAUCAUCAAAUCCAAGUUUGAACAUCUUGAUAUUCCUUCACAGAAAAAUACACCAUUUCAUUUUUUUGGGGGAAUUUGUCACUUGCUCGAUAACCCUAAUAUUGUGUAAGAACAUGUUUGUAGUGAUUGUUUUAACAUUUCAGUAUGUUUUUGACAUGAAUCUGUAAAUACAGUGCUUUCAACUACAACCGAAGGUCUGAAAUGAUUUAUUUUUGUCAAAAGAUACAUUUAUCAAAAA